AUGUCGCGCCACCGCAGAAGCGUCGAAGUUGGACUCUGCGGCGGCGGGCUCGGCGGGCUCAUGGCAGCCAUCGCACUCGCACGGGGCGGUGCCAACGUCACAGUCCUCGAAGCCGCCGCCGAGUUCACCGAGAUCGGAGCGGGCAUCCAAAUGACACCCAACGUGGCGCGCUUCUUGCUUCGCUACGGCGUCAGCGACAUCAUCGGCUCGAAUCUCGUGCAGUGUGAUUGUAUCAAUAUCCGCUCCGCUGAUGGGCAGUUGAUUGCGUUCUCAGACUUCAAGCACAUCCUAAGAGACUAUGGGUUUCCCUGGUGGGUUGUGAAUCGGUAUGAUUUGCUGGCUGGGCUUGCGGAGUCGUGUCGACGGCACGGUGUGAAGAUGGUGCUUGAUGCAAGGGUGGACGAGCUUGCGUUUUCGGACGAUGUCGAUUCCAAGGUGACGGUCACGACAGAGAAAGGGGCAAAGUAUGAUUUUGAUCUGCUUGUGGGAUCGGACGGCGUCAAGUCCGUGGUGCGCAAGAAGCUGUUCCCGGAAGUCAAGCCCACGGCGUUGACGAUGAAUGCGGCCUAUCGAGCUGUGAUACCGUAUGAAGAGGUGUUUGCCAAAAUCCCCGAGGCGAGGUCUGUCCUGAAGAAUGCAAUCGAUGUCUGGACGGGGCCUGGGAGCUAUUUCAUCUCGUAUCCGAUGACGGCGGGGAAGGACUUCAACGCCGUGCUGUCCCAUCAUACACGCGAUAACCAUCUCGUUGAGGAUGUAGAAGAGGCGGAUAUGGAUGAGUUUCGAGAAGCCUUUGACAGCUAUGAUCCGAUUGUGAAGAAGAUCAUCGGGUUGAUCCCGGAAUCGAAGCGCUGGCCGCUGCUCAUGACAGGUCCGCUGGAAAGCUGGUCCAAUAAAGCGAAGAAUGUGGUUCUCAUGGGUGAUGCGGCUCAUUCGAUGGUGAAUCAUAUGGCACAGGGUGCUGCAACAUCCAUGGAGGAUGGAAUCUUCCUGGGCAAAGUAAUCGCGGAUGUUGUUAGAGGUAUUCUCAGCCUUCCCGAGGCUGUGCACAUAUAUGAGAAGACACGGAUGCCUAGAGCAUGGACGAAGCAGCAGGCUUCGUUCACUAAUGGUCAAGCCACGUUCUCUGCAGAGCCCGAGUUGUCGCGUCGUAACCUUGCUUCUCGUGUGGAAACGGAUUCGUACUUCAGCAAUAUCGUCGACCCUGCGAAGCCACCUCCGGACUAUCGCUCAUGGGACUUGUGGGGAUAUCCGGACAGCAUUCCCGGAGUUUACGCAUAUGACGCUGAGUCCGAUGCCGACAACGCAAUUUGCGAAUUUCUAGGUAAGCAAGGUCCCAUCAAUCCGGCAACAAGGGUCAGUAAACGAUUGAGAGAGAAAUGGUGGAGCUGGAAUACAAUUGAGGUGGAAGAUGCCAAGGGGAGAGGGAAGUUCAAGUUGUAG